GAGUAUUUCUUACAAAAAUUGGGAAAAAAAAUUCCCAAAUUAGCGUGAGGGUUUUCUUUUCUAUUUUCAAACUACUGCCUCGUCCACUGCGCAGCCAUUUCCCUCUUUGUCCGUCACCAUCAAUGGCGGCGCCAAUGGGGAAAGACGAUUUGAAUUAUGAGUUUGCGUGGGGCAGGAAGAGAGGCAUGGGUGGAAAGAAGAAGGACGUACAGUUCUACGAGUCCUUCACCUUCGAUGGUGUGCAGUACGCUCUCAACGAUACCGUUUAUCUCCAAAACGAAAGCUGCGACGUGCCUCACAUAGGGAAGCUAAUCAAGGUCUGGGAGAAUCGCGACAAGUCGAGGAAAGUCAAGGUGCAGUGGUUCUUCCGCUCCCGCGAGAUUCAGAAGUUCUUGGAAGGGAUCCAAACCAAGGAGAACGAGUUGUUUUUGGCGUGCGGUGACGGCAAGGGCUUCGCCAAUGUUAAUCCUCUCGAAGCUAUAGUUGGAAAAUGCAAUGUCGUUUGCAUUUCUAAGAAUAUUGGAAAUUCGCAACCAAAGGCUGAUUUUGUGUUCUACCGUUUCUUUGAUGUUGGACAACGCAAAGUAGUGGACCAGACGGAUGACAAGAUUGCUUGAACUGAAGUAAUAAAUAUUUCCACCAAAUGAGAUAAACGACGCUUGUUGGAGCUGUGGAACUCGCUCGGUCUUGACAAGAUAGAAAUCAUUGAAGUUAAUAUCUCGGGUAAAUUGAUUAGUUUGCCUGUAAUUGAAAAGUUUGGUGACAAAUAUGUUGACGUACACCAUACAUAAUGUUACAAAAAAUGCUUACGAAGUGUAUAUGUCUGGGAGGGAUGCUAAAUCUACAUGACAAGCCUUCUAAUGAAGGGAAAAUAUGGUCAUUCAAAUAUUUUUUCAGGUUGGGAAAGCUUCUUCUUCAGGGUGAAUAAAGGAUUUUCAUAUUUGUGUUGCUGUUACUGCAGUAGUUAGAUUGUUAGUAAUACUGCUAUUGUAAUUAAUGUAAUUAAUUUAUUUAGUUUUA